CCACGAUCGCGGCCAAUCAGCGCUCGCCCCUCUGUAAGCGGAUGGCUUUUGCCGGAGAGGAAAGGGAGUGGCUGGCGGCGCAUGCGCGGCGCUGGCUGACUUGAACCGAGGCUUUUAUUGCUGUAGUUUAUUUCCACCCCCUUUCCUCCUGUUCUCUCUCUCGCUUUCUUUUUUUUUUCCGCCCUAGCUGGGGCUGUGUUGGAGGAGAGGAAGAAAGAGAGACAGAGGAUUGCAUUUGUCCUUUACGUUCUUGCAAUUUGCUACCAGCAAGGCCAGCUAAGCGGUUGUACCUUUUUCAGUUCUGCAAAAAAAAAAAAAAAAAAAAAAAAAAAAAAAAGAAAAUACCAAGUCCUUUUCCCGGGCAAUUGUUUGCUUUAAAGCUGCCCUCUUGAAAUUAUUUUUUUCCCAGGAGAGAGAGAGAUGUCUUAUCAGGGGAAGAAAAAUAUUCCACGCAUCACGAGUGACCGUCUUCUUAUCAAAGGAGGUAAAAUUGUUAAUGAUGACCAGUCGUUCUAUGCAGACAUAUACAUGGAAGAUGGGUUGAUCAAGCAAAUAGGAGAAAACCUGAUUGUGCCAGGAGGGGUGAAGACCAUCGAAGCCCAUUCCAGAAUGGUGAUCCCUGGAGGAAUUGAUGUCCACACUCGCUUCCAGAUGCCUGACCAGGGAAUGACGUCUGCGGAUGACUUCUUCCAAGGAACCAAGGCAGCCCUGGCUGGGGGAACCACCAUGAUCAUCGACCAUGUUGUUCCUGAGCCUGGGACAAGUCUGCUGGCCGCCUUCGACCAGUGGCGAGAGUGGGCUGACAGCAAGUCAUGCUGUGACUACUCUCUGCACGUGGACAUCACCGAGUGGCACAAGGGUGUCCAGGAAGAGAUGGAAGCACUGGUGAAGGACCAUGGGGUAAAUUCCUUCCUCGUGUACAUGGCUUUCAAAGAUCGCUUCCAGCUAACGGAUUGCCAGAUAUAUGAAGUGUUGAGUGUGAUCCGGGAUAUUGGUGCCAUAGCCCAAGUCCACGCAGAAAAUGGUGACAUCAUUGCAGAGGAGCAGCAGAGGAUCCUGGACCUGGGCAUCACGGGCCCUGAGGGACAUGUGCUGAGCCGGCCUGAGGAGGUCGAGGCCGAAGCCGUGAAUCGUUCGAUCACCAUCGCCAACCAGACUAACUGCCCCCUGUACGUCACCAAGGUCAUGAGCAAGAGCGCGGCUGAGGUCAUCGCCCAGGCCCGGAAAAAGGGAACCGUGGUGUACGGCGAGCCCAUCACCGCCAGCCUGGGCACCGAUGGCUCCCACUACUGGAGCAAGAACUGGGCCAAGGCGGCUGCCUUCGUCACCUCCCCACCCCUGAGCCCCGAUCCAACAACUCCAGAUUUCCUCAACUCCCUGCUGUCCUGUGGAGACCUGCAGGUCACCGGCAGUGCCCAUUGCACCUUCAACACGGCCCAGAAGGCGGUAGGAAAGGACAACUUCACCCUGAUUCCAGAGGGCACCAAUGGCACUGAGGAGCGGAUGUCUGUCAUCUGGGAUAAGGCUGUGGUCACUGGGAAGAUGGACGAGAACCAGUUUGUGGCUGUGACCAGCACCAAUGCAGCCAAAGUCUUCAACCUCUACCCUCGGAAGGGCCGCAUUGCUGUGGGCUCUGACGCUGACCUGGUCAUCUGGGACCCUGACAGCGUUAAAACCAUCUCUGCCAAGACACACAACAGUGCUUUGGAGUACAACAUCUUUGAAGGCAUGGAAUGCCGUGGCUCUCCACUGGUGGUCAUCAGCCAGGGCAAGAUUGUCCUGGAGGACGGUACUCUUCAUGUCACCGAAGGCUCUGGGCGCUACAUUCCCCGGAAGCCCUUCCCUGAUUUUGUUUACAAGCGUAUCAAGGCCAGGAGCAGGCUGGCAGAGCUGAGAGGGGUCCCUCGCGGCCUGUACGAUGGACCCGUGUGCGAGGUGUCUGUGACGCCCAAGACGGUCACUCCAGCCUCCUCAGCUAAGACAUCUCCUGCCAAGCAGCAGGCCCCCCCUGUCCGGAACCUGCACCAAUCUGGAUUCAGCUUGUCUGGUGCUCAGAUCGACGACAACAUCCCCCGCCGCACCACCCAGCGCAUUGUGGCGCCCCCCGGUGGCCGUGCCAACAUCACCAGCCUGGGCUAGAGCGUCUGCACAGCGCCGUCCAUUUGGGGAUGGGGAUGGGACACCUGAGGACUUCUGAGACUUCUUUCCUUACUUCUUUUUUUUUUUAAGAGCCUGUGAUAGUUACUGUGGGGCAGCCAGUUCCCGGGGCUCCCUCGUGGGCCCCGCCCUCCGCCUCUCAUCUGGACUUUCUCUCUUGCUCACCCACUCCCCACACAUCCACGACUCUCACACCCGAGCCCAGCCACCAACCCACACACGGAGCUGCACCCAACACUCAGACAUGCGAGACAGCACAUCACGGCGAGGCUGGUCGCCAUCUCCAACCUUGCUUGUACCCAUUAGCACCUUCCUUUUCUUGGGGGAAGAUACAGUGAAUUGCCCAGAGCUGCCUUUUUCUUUUAAAAAAUUU